AUGAUCAACGCAGUGCUUGUCUUCAACAACAAUGGGCAACCGCGCCUAACUAAGUUCUAUACGCAAAUCGACACACAAACGAAGCAGUCACUGAUCGCGCAGAUUUACGAUCUGGUCGCGCAGCGUCCACCCAGCGCCUGCAACUUCCUCCCGCUGCCUCCUAUGCUCUCGCAGGGCGCUCGCUCAAGCGCAGCAAAUGGUCCAUCAGAUGCGCCCACGCAGAUCACUUACCGCACUUAUGCUACACUAUCCUUCAUCAUGAUCUCUACGUCUACAGAGUCCCCGCUUGCGCUCAUCGAUUUGAUACAAGUGUUUGUAGAGGCACUGGAUCGGAUAUUUGAGAAUGUCUGCGAGCUGGAUCUCAUAUUUGGUUUCGAAACAAUGCAUGCUGUGCUGAGCGAGAUGAUCGUUGGAGGCAUCGUGGUUGAGACGAAUAUCGACAAAAUCGUUGCAGGCGUGCGGGAACAGGAAGGAUCUUUGGGGAAGAAGAGAGCGAUACAGGCAGCCAGCUCCGGUAUAGGGAGAGGUGGUCUGCCAGGCCUAGGUGCUUGGAGAUGA